UUCUCCAUGGUUUGAAAACGGAGGUUGGCGGAAAUCAAUGGAUUUCUCCAGAAAAAUGCGUGAAUUGUAAGAGAAUUCUCCAUGAAAAAAAGGAGGUUGGCAGAAAUGAAUGCAUUUCUCCAGCAUAGGUGCGAGAAUUGUAAAAGAAUUCUCCAUGUUUAUUACAGGCGCAAGGAGCUAAAAAAAAAAAGGCUAUUCCCAGUGUUAGAAAUUGAUAGUAAAUUUCUCCAUGCUACGGUAAUUUCGGGAAUGUUCGGGAAGUUUUCUCAGGAAAUACAGAGACGAUGGAUAGAAUCUUAGGAAUAUGUGGGUUAUAGAAUGAUUCGAGUUGGUAGCACUCGAGAAGAGGAAAGAUAUUUGUGGUUGCAGAUUGAUUUAACAGUUGAUGUUAAGACUGAUCUGGACACCAGUAACUAAGUUUCUGGUUGAUGAACACAAGAUUUAUUUAGUUUUGUGUUUUUAUUUGUUUUUGUUCUUGUAGAUGCAAGAAAUGCGACCAGUACCAAUGUUGCUGUGCGAUAAAAUCGAAACUGCUAAACUCGCAACAGAAUGGAAAAUUUGGAAGGAAGCGUUGGAAUGCUACUUUGCAGCGUACAACGUAACGGACCAAACGGAGAAAAAAGCAAAACUACUACAUCUCGGAGGACCGGCACUACCGAGAGUGUUUAAAAAUUUAAAAGAUCAUGAUCAUGUGUCUUUGGUUAUGUUGGAACCGCGCUGGUAUGACCAGGCAGUUGAAAAACUGGAUGAGUUUUUCGGACCGCAGUAUCAAGCUACAACGGAGAGACGCAACCUGCGAAUGAUGAAACAAAAACCAGGUGAACGUUUUGCGGAAUAUUUGAUUCGUUUAAAACAACAGGCAUCUCAGUGUGGAUUUGACAAGUACAGUAAAGAAGUAGCUUCAACACUGCGGGACAUAUACUUAACAGAUGCAGUAGUUCAAGGAUGUUCUUCCAAUGAAGUCCGACGGAAAAUUUUGCAGAAAAAUUUGAAGUUUUCGGAAAUCGAAGACAUGGGAGUUGCGCAAGAGAGCAUAGAUAAUCAAACAGCUGAAAUGGCAGCUGGACCAUCAUCUGAAAAAGUGUUUAAAAUCGAGCACGGCGGAAGAAAAGGAAAUCCCAGAGCGGAAUAUAAGGGAUCCAGACAAGUUGAAAACAGGCGUAAUGAAAAGGCUUGUUUCAAUUGCGGACGUGUAGGACACUUUGCGGCAUCUUUCAAUUGCCCUGCUCGCGGGAAGGAAUGUAGAAAUUGUAAGAAACUUGGUCAUUUUGAACAAAUGUGCCGAAAGUUUAUGGAGAAGGGUCCGACUAAACGUCAAAUAAGAGCAAUUGACGAAUCAUCAGAGGCAAAACAACCGAAAACUGAGGAGGAAACACAUAGUUCGAAAGUGUAUUAUGCAUUCUAUUCAGGGAAUGAGUCAAACGUAAUAUCUUGUAUGCUUGGAGGAGUUUCUCUUGAAAUGAUGGUCGAUUCAGGCGCUGAUGCCAAUUUAAUUCCUAGUGAAAUGUGGGAGGAAUUAAAAAAUCGGAACAUAGCGGUAGUUUCAUCAACGAAACGAAGUUCAAAGAUCUUGAGGGCAUACGGAAGCAAAAAACCACUCACAAUAUUAGGCACUUUUGUUGCGGAGGUUGCUGUAGGGGGCCAACGCAUUCAAGCGGAGUUUUUUGUGGUAGAAAAAGGACAACGUUGCUUACUGGGUGACAAGACGGCUAAGCAACUAGGUAUUUUGAAAGUCGGGCUAGACAUAAACAGAGUGCAAGUAGAUCCGUUUCCAAAAAUGAAGGGCAUAACAGCAAAAAUCAAGAUGAAUCCACAGAUCAUCCCGGUCUAUCAGUCAAUGCGACGAAUUCCGAUACCUUUGGAGGAGUCAGUAGAUCGGAAGUUAGAUGGAUUGUUAAAAAGGGAUAUAAUCGAGAUAAAGACAGGCCCGACGACAAGGGUUUCGCCAUUGGUCGUAGUGGGAAAGUCAAACGGAGAGCCUCGUUUGUGUCUUGAGGAUUCGCGAGACGUGACAACUUUCAUAACCCGACGAGGGUUGUACCGUUUCAAGCGGCUGCCGUUCGGUUUGGUGACUGCUCCAGAGUUAUUUCAAAAAGCGAUGGAUGAGACUCUAUCUGGUUGCGAAGGAACAAUUUGGUAUCUCGAUGACGUGCUAAUUGAAGGUCAAAAUUUGCAGGAGCAUGAUAAAAGGUUGAAUAAGGUUCUUAGUCGAUUAAAAAACCGUGGAAUAGAAUUGAACUGGGAGAAAUGCCAAUUGCGAGUAUCGGAUAUAGAAUUUUUAGGACACAGUCUUAAUCAAGAGGGAAUUAUGCCAUCAAGAAACAAAAUUGGAACUAUUCUAUCGUUCCGUGAACCGCGAUGUGAAACAGAAGUUCGUAGUUUUCUUGGGUUGGCAAAUUACAUGAAUAAGUUCGUACCGAUGCUAGCCACCCUCGAUGAACCCUUACGGUGAUUGCUACAUAAGGACACCAGAUUUGGAUGGACAGAAGAACACGCAAAAGCAUUCAAUGCCAUAAAGAAAGCAAUGGGGAAUAUUGAUAACUUGGGAUUUUAUAAAGUCGAGGACCGAACUGCCAUAAUGACCGACGCUAGUCCGCAUGGAUUGGGCGCUAUCCUUAUUCAGUUCGAUAAUAGUGACAAACAUCGUGUUAUCAGCUUCGCUUCCAAAGCAUUAACGGACACAGAACAUCGUUACUGCCAGACUGAAAAGGAAGCACUAGGUAUUAUUUGGGGUGUUGAACGUUUCCAAUAUUAUUUACUAGGUAAAGAAUUUGACAUAUUCACGGAUUGUAAGGCAUUAAACUAUCUCUUCUCGAAAAGAUCAAAACCGUGUGCGCGCAUAGAAAGAUGGGUAUUGCGUUUACAAGCAUUCGACUAUAGGAUCGUGUUUAUGUCAGGGAAAGAUAAUGUAGCUGAUGCAUUACCUCGGCUUCCAGUACAAAAUGCGAUACCAUUCGAUGCAUCAGAAGAAAUAUUCGUAAGAGAAGUGGCUACUCAUGCGGCAAAUUCUUCAGCGUUGAACUGGCGUGAUAUAGAAACAGAAAGUAGACAAGACGUAGAAAUUCAAGAAGUAUUAACGUUAUUGAACACGG